GCCAACAUCAUUCCAUCGAAAUUUGUGUAUAUAAAGUGGAGAUAAAGCGGUUGGAACAUCAGUCGAUGACAAGAGUGAAACCGAGAGAAAAUCUUCAAAAUGCAAGUGCUUGCAAUAACGUUGUUUGUAGUUUUUUUGAGCUUCGGACAGUCCAAUGCUGGAACACGACGUGACGAUUCUUGGCCACCGCCGGAAUUUUUGGAGAUAUUGAAGCCCGUUAGUGACAAAUGUAAAGCCGAUACUGGAGCUAGCGAUGCGGCCAUUAAGGAGUUCAGCGAUGGCGAAGUUCAUGAAGAUCCAGCUCUUAAAUGCUUUAUGUCGUGUUUGUUCCAUGAAUUCCGUGUCGUCGAUGACAAUGGCGAUCCACAUUUCGAGAGAAUUAAUACACACGUCAAAUUAAUGGAUGACGAAAUUCGACAAAUUGCCGAGCCUGUUCUCAAACAAUGCACAAAUCCACAAGGUGCUGAUAAGUGUGAACGAGCCUUUUCCAUUCACAAAUGCUGGAAAAAUGCUGAUCCAAAACAUUACUUCUUGGCUUAAAAUGAACAUUUUCCAACCGGAUUCGCUUCGUUUCUUGAAUCUAAAUGGGAUCACAGUGUAUAAGGUUAUGCAGCAAAGCUCUUUACAUUUAUUUGCACCAACAUUGAAUAAAAUUGUCCA